ACCGCGUUGUGGUUUGCAAACCGUCUUCAAUAACCGUGUUACAUUUUUUCUUCUUAUGAUGACGAAGCUAAACCGUUGUGACAAUUUGUAAUUUUGUUUUCAACAGUCUGUUAUAAUAUGGCAGAUAAAAAUAAAUAGUAGUCGUAAAAAAUCAAUCAUUAAUAUUUUCAGACUUGCUAGAUUAGGUUUUACAGUUUCAACAAACCACAAUACUGAUUGUAUAUUAUUACGGUUUAAAAAUUUAUCGAACACUUUUUCAGUUUUUGGCGAAUAUUGACCAAAAUUCUGGACCAGAGUUACUUCAAACCUGUUGAAUGUUUAAUCAAUAGCCUUUUGCCGACUUUAUUUGCUGACCAAAUUUUUAAACUAUUUAACCUCGCAAAAACUUCUUUUAAUUUAACUUGUCGAUUAAUUAAUCGACUCAUCGAUAUCCGGUUUAGUUUAAGAAUAUAUCCCAUAACUUGAUGCCCCAAAAUGGUAGAAACCGUUCAGAAUAAAGAGAAUGAUCCUUCCAAGACGAAGUUGAUUGAGUCGAACUUAGGUUCGAAUCCGGACGAAGCCGGAGCAUUCGGGAAGGCAAAACAGAUGAGUCAGGUACCAGUCACAGCUGCCCACACAAAACAACUGCAGAAACAGAGCAAUCAAUUGUACAAACAAUCCAGAAGCUCAUUCGAUAAAGAAUUUCUCAAAGCAAUUCGGAACAGCAAGAGCGCGCCUCCAAAUGUAUCGGCCCAAAUGAUACCUCUAGAAAUAAUUCUGGACAAGGAAGAAGGGAGCAAGGGUCGGGCCAAGACAGGUGUGGAAAAGAAGGAUCUGCUGCUUGGGGAUUCGGGGGACUCGGAUGACGAGAGUGAGACGAUGGAUGGGGCGACGGCUGAGGGGGGAAUCGACAAUGCCAACAACAAAGCCGACAACUCGGGUGACAGCAAAAUGAAGGACAAGGACAAGUUUGACCCCUCUACGCGACUGCCCCUCUGGGAAGAGUUCCCCUCCCUUUCAGCAGAAGAGAUCCAAACUAAGCUGGAAAACACUUGGACACAGGUGUCGAUGACUCUGUUGACGAGACCCCAGUUCCAGAGCCAGAGGGAACGAGUUACGGAGUGGCUUCAAGAAAGAGGUAACCAGAACCCAAUCACCACACACCCCAUCGUGGAUAUCAUCUGACCCUGAAUUGUGAAAACUGAAUGUCGGAUCUCUUAAGCUGCACUCCCCCCCCC